AAUCCGUUCAUCUACAAGCACCCAAAAAAUGCUUGGAUGACGAUAGACAUCUUGAAGACAUGGUUUUUUCAUCAUUUUAUUCCAGAGGUCAGAUCCUUUCUGCGAGGUCAAAAACUGCCUCAAAAAGCAAUUCUCAUUUUGGAUAAUGCUCCUUGUCAUCCGCCGGCUGAGGAAUUACGAAGUUCAGAUGGAAUAAUUUUCACUGUUUAUAUGCCGCCCAACGUGACUCCUUUGAUCCAACCCAUGGAUCAGAAUAUCCUACGUUUAACAAAACUACAUUACAGAAGGAGCUUAUUGAGUCAAAUUGUGAGUCAAAAGGAAAACAUAACCGAUGCUCUGAAACGACUUACUUUAAAAGAUUGUGUGGCUCAUUUACAAGUUGCAUGGAUCAAAUUGGAUGCAGAGAUGAUUUCAAAGUGUUGGAAAAAUUUGUUUGAUCGCACUGAAGAUUUCACUGAUGAGGAUAAUAUACCUUUGAGUAUGUUACAAGAAAUGCUCAAUAGAGAAAAAGUUGUUGUGAAAGAUACAAUAUCACUCUUAAUGGAACUUCAACCGCAUGAUUAUAAUGAAAAAGAAAUUGAACGGUGGAAUUGCGAUGAGCUAGAUAUGAAUGAUGAAAAUAUUCCAGAAAACAGCGACGAUGAAGAUAACGAUGUCGAUAUUGUAAGGCCCAAAGUUCCACAUUUCGAAGCAGUGAAAUCAAUUUCCACUGUUAUUUAUUGGGCUGAAGAAAAUUUUAUGGAAAUACAAGACAUAAUAACUUUGAAACGCCUGCAAGAAAAAGCUGUACUGGAAAAUUUGAAGAGUAAACAAAUUCAAACCAAAAUUACACAAUACUUCAAGUGUUAAAAUAAAUGAAUUAUUAUAAAAUACGUCACAAAAUUUGCACAUUGCCCUACCCCCCUUAAGAUGAACACUUCCGAUAACUCGAACACCCUUGAUACAUUUUGUGUUCACAGUAUCGCGAGUCUACUGUACUUGUU